AUGAAUCACUGUCGCGUGUCACACCCGCAUCCGCCAAUCGUCGCGUCGCGCAGCAUCCCGCACGCCCUUCGUCCAAACGUCAAUACUCUCACCGUCGCCCUCGCCCUCCCUCUCGCCCUCGCUUUCCCCGUCGCCCGCGCUUUCCCCGUCCCCCUCGCUUUCCCCCUCGCCCUCGCUUUCCCCGUCGCCCUCGCUUUCCCCGUCGCCCUCGCCUACCCCGUCGCCCUCGCCUACCCCGUCGCCCUCGCCUACCCCGUCGCCCUCGCUUUCCCCGUCGCCCUCGGGGACGCCGUCGCCCUCAGUUUCCCCGUCGCCCUCGCUUUCCCCGUCGCCCAUCCAUCCACCGCUCGUCGCCUUCGCCUUCCCUCCCGCCUCCCUUGCCAUCUGCUUCCCCCCAUCCGGUUUCCUGCUUCCCCUCCUCCCCUUCCCUGCUUCCCCAUGUCCCCUUCCCUGCUUCCCCCCAUCCCCUGCCCUGCUUCCCCCCAUCAGAUUCCCGUCUCGCCCCCAUCCCCCUCCCUGCUUCCCCCCAUCCCCCUCCCUGCUUCCCCCCAUCCGGUUCUCUGCUUCCCCCCUCCCCUUCCCUCAUACCCCAUGUCCCCUUCUCUGCAUCCCCCCAUCCCCUUCCCUGCUUCCCCCCAUCCCCUUCCCUGCUCCCUCCCAUCCCCUUCCCUGCUUCCCCCCAACCCCCUCCCUGCGCCCCCCAUCCUCUUCAUUCUUUCCCCUUAUCCCAAGCCCUUCUUCCUCCCAUCCGUCCCCUUCCCUCCUUCCCCCCCUCCCCUUCCCUGCUCCCUCCCAUCCCCCUCCCUGCUUCCCCACACCCCCUUCCCUGCUUCCCUCCAUCAGAUUCCCGUCUCGCCCCCAUCUCCCCCCCUGCUUCCCCACAUCCCCUUCUCUGCGUCCCCCCAUCCCGUGCCCUGCUUCCCCAAGUCCCCUUCCCUCCUUCCCCCCCUCCCCUUCUCUGCUCCCUCCCAUCCCCCUCCCUGCUUCCCCACAUCCCCUUCUGCCACGCGCACCACCAUUGCCGCCUUCUGGCCCUCGCAGGCCCUCGCCGUCGCCCACACCUUCUACCCCGCCCACCAGCCGCACCUCCUCCGCACCACUCUGCACCGCGCUGAACAGUGCCGGCCGAACCCGCAGCGCGGGGAGAUGGCGGCGCCGCCGAUUGUUCCGCACGCGUGGACGCCGAAGCAGAUCGCGGAGAAGCGGCACCGCGCUGACAUGGCCAAGAAUGUCACCCGCGCCGACGCUGCUGCUGCUGACGUGGCGAAGAGCGUGGCGAGUAGGAAGGAGCGCAAGAAGUGGCUGGAUAAGGCGGUGCAGGAGCACAUGGAGCAGGAGGAGAAGGAGAACGUGAGUGGCACGGGCGAGGGGGGCGGGGAGGAGGGGAGCGGGGCAGGGCCAGGAGAGGAAGGAGCAGGAGGAGGGGAGGGAGGGAGCGCGAGUUUGUUUCUACAAAAGAUGUACGGGCCGGGCAUGGGGGCGCGGCACAUGGGCAAGACAGUGGGCGAGCAGCGGCGGCAGAUCACGGCGAUGCUCAAGGAGCUCAUGGGCCGAGACUGGAAGGCCGUGCUGGCAGGUGAGGAGCAGGGGGAGAAGGAGGGCGAGGGGGAUGGGGGGUAUGCAGGUGCAUACGUGCUCACGUAUGCAGCGGACAUGGACGAGCCAUUCAACGCCAUCCACUUCGACCCACCCCCCGAGCUGCGAGACAAGUUUGAACCAAGCCCAAGUCAAUACAGGGCACCAUGA